AACGCCACCCCGGCAGGCACCUCGGAGCACACAUGAAGCCAUCCGCGCCAUUCUUGUCCCACACUGUAACGGCCCGACACUCUGCAUGUCCAUUUCACUUGGAGACACAUCCUCACAUUGAAAGUGAAUACAUGCAUACGACACCUGCCUGUCUGUGCAUACAAAAAAGGCGUUGUGAAAAUGCGUUAACCUUUGGACCUUCUGACGUACCGUAUAACAACAAAGAUGGCGUCGUCUUCAGAUGUACACGUCCGAAUAUGUGGCCAAGAAAUUGUCAAAUACGAUCUGGAAAUUAAAGCUCUUAUUCAGGACAUAAGAGAGUGCUGUGGGCCACAGGCGGUGCUGAUGGAGCUCAACUCUACAGUGAAGGAAAAGUUCAAUCAGUUAAGACUGAGGAUUCAGGACAUGGAACAGAUGGCGAAAGAACAAGACCGAGAGACUGAUAAGCAAGCUAUCUUGAGUGAAACGGAAGGCCAUCGGAAGCAGAUGUUCAGCAACCAGACGGCGUGGAGGAAGGCAAAUCUAGCCUGUAAGCUGGCCAUUGAUAAUCUGGAGAAGGAUGAACUGCUUCAAGGAGGUGACACAGUGAGACAAAGGAAGGCCACUAAAGAGAGUUUGGUGCAGACGUCCAGUGACAUCACAGAGAGUCUGAUGAGCAUCAGCCGUAUGAUGUCACAGCAGGUGCAGCAGAGCGAGGAGACCAUCGGAACUCUGGCUACAUCCUCAAGAACUGUACAAGAGACAAAUGAAGAGUUUAAGGCCAUGACGGGAACCAUUCACUUGGGGCGAAAACUUAUCCUGAAAUAUAAUCGCCGUGAACUGACCGACAAACUUCUGAUCUUUUUAGCUCUUGCUCUGUUUCUGGCUACCGUGCUCUACAUCCUGAAAAAGAGACUCUUCCCCUUCAUUUAGCGGAAAAGUGAACUGUGUCACCUUAGUGCUUUCCAGAAAUCAUUCUGUGAAUGUUACAACUCAAAUUGGACCAACAGUUCUUAAACCAAUGGUUUUCUCAAAAUGAGAACUCUGUCAUCCACCCUUAAGAGUGAGCGAAUGAUGACAGAAGUUUCAACGCUCUCAAGGGACACGAUUACUGAAGUGUUCACUAAACAGAAUGAGCUUUCCAGAAGCAAAUAAAUGCACUUAUGCAUUUCACUACAUUAGUCUUACUGAUUGCAUUUUCAUAUUCAGAAGCAUAUUUAGUAAUCGUUGUUGUUUGUACAGUAAUGAAAUGUUUUGAUUUCGGGUUAGUCCUGUAAUAUUUCAUAACCCUGACACAAUGUGUGCAUAAAGUUCAGAACAACCUCAAAGAUGUGUGCGCCAUAUGAACUACUGUAAUGAAUAAUAUAUAUUCUGUAUCUGUAACUCAUUAGAAUAUAAUGAAAAUGUACAUUAUGGUAUCUGACAUCUUUCAUGUUGUUUACAGCAUCAGCAAUGCCUCUCUAAGUGAUUGCUAUUCCAGUGAACCCUGUUGAAAACGCCUGAUUUAUUCUCCAUUAAAGAUCUCGGAGCACGA